AUGUGCCGAGACAACCCGCUCGCCGUCCGUUAUCGUGGCUGCGGCCACACAAUCAUGCUGAUCGUCGGGACCAGGCCUGAUUGCGCGGGCCACUGCUAUACCGACCAAGUCUUCCGCUACGUUCACCCGCUCGUCCCCAGAACCUGGGCAAACUCAAGCCGCCGUCUCUGCCCCUCCUGCCCCUCCUGCCACUCCGAUACUCCUCAGCUGCCGGUGCUCCGCAGGCCCGGCCCCGAGCACAGAGUGGUCGCCACGCCGUUUGAGGAGGGGGUGUAUGCGUAUGAUAGCUGCCUGCGGAGAUGGCGGAGUGAGAGGCUUCACCAUAUGGCGGAUCAGGAAAGGAGGGGGCGGUGGGGUCUGGAGGACGGGACCUUGGAGGAAAUAUUGAGGCAUGUGCGGUGGAUGUUGGAGGAUAGGAGGAAGCAUAGGGUGUAUCGUGAGGAGUCUGAGGUGCUGGAAAGCUAG